AUGUAUAGAGAUCAGUCGUUGAAAGUCAUUCUCCCACAUCAUUCACCGGAAAAGUCUUUUCUACAUGAACAAAACCGUCAGCGAACACUAUCGAAUCUAUCAUCCGUCUCUUCGUCCAAUGCUUACAAUGCACGGCAAGCAUCAUUUUCAUCAGCGUAUUCUUUUCAAGAUCGUCCAUCGAUUGAUAACGACGAGUUUUCCAGUGACGAUGAUAGUUUUCAAUACUACGAUCGACGCUUCUCACAGAUUAAUCGUCGACAACGUCGUACUUCGUUACAAUCUCUUAAAUUAAAGCAACGAUCAUUAUCAACAUUCAAACCGAAUACUCUUACUCUUCCCGCAAUUACUAGAGAGAUUACUAUUCCCAAAGUUGACAAAGAUCUCUAUGGGCAAACACUGCUUCAUUUGGCGGCUCGUCUUGGUCAUAGCGAUAUUCUUCGCCUACUGAUUAGUGAAACAUCACAAGCGAGUUCGCUGUUGAACAAACGAGGACAAACACCAUUGUUAGCAGCAAUAGAAGGAGGAUCGACAAAUACUGCAAUUCUACUGCUAGAAUCUGAUCCGCAGUUUAUUAUAUAUGCUGAUCAUCAAAGAUCGAAUGUAUUCCAUUAUGCAUGUGAGUACUCCAAUGACGUUGUCCUUAAUCGAGCUACUGCUCUUCUCAAAUGUCUCAAUUCGUUGAGCGAUCGAGCUGUUGGCUUGAGGCUUGUGACAGAACAAAAUUUUCUUGGUCGAAGCCCAAUUGAUAUUGCCAUAUGGAAAGGUCAAUUAAAAUGCGUCAAACAAUUCUUUCGCUCGCCAUGGUUGGAGGCUCACGUUGAUAUUCGAGAAUUAAUUACCACUGAUUCAUUGAAAUGUGCUAUCGAUCACGAUCAAUUAGAUAUUCUCUCGUUUUUCAUCAAUGAUACCAAACGGUUUGCUCAUAUUAUUCAGCUAGUCAUCGGUGUAUGUGGACAAAGUUUUAAUCUACUUGAAUAUGCCAUACAUUUGAAAAAGAAAAACAUCGUUCGAUUAUUACUCAGUGUUUAUAUUCCAGCCGAACAACACAUUGUUCGUCAGCAGUAUAAAUCAUUUCUACUGCAUUAUCAUCUAUCUGAUUCGGGACCAUUUUAUCAAACUCCCAUUCAACGAAUGUUAACCUCACCGGAAUGUAUUUCUUUGGUUCCAUUGAUGUUAGAACAGUUUGUCGACGCCACUGGUAUUGACCUAUCGGUUAUUGAUGAUUGUCUCUACGUUCGACCUGAUCAGACACGAUGUAUAUUUGGGCGAGGAAAGAAAUUUCUAGCAAGAGAUUGGUUACAACAGCAUCCCCUCGCUUUGAUUGCAAAAGCAAAUUGUAAAACGAUUUAUGAUCAUCAAUUAGUUCGAAUAUGCGUUGAUUUAAAAUUUAAUAUCUUCGGAAACUGUCUCUAUAUUCUCAUUCUCGGUUUCCAAUCCUUGUAUGUAGCAUUGUACACAGGAAUUACAUUGGGUUCGCCAACUCCAGCGAAGCAGGGCACUAAUUACUAUCAAACGAUGAAUUACUCGUGUAAAGACUUAUGUAUUCAAUUGUCAAAUGAUCCAGUUAACCCAGCGCGAUAUCAACCAGCAAUAUACGCAUUCCGUCUUAUCUUAUUAAUUCUAUCUUGUUUGGGUUUAUUGAAAGAAUUUUAUCAAAUGUUCACGCAACGAAAGAAAUAUUUCCAUCGAUUUUAUAUCAAUCUUAUUGAAUUACAUAUCUUUGUCAGUGCAAUAAUCUACUCUGUUGAUGUUAAUGAAUGUACACGUCAAACGGGUAUACGUUGUGCAAGCCAAUGGAUGACCGGUGGGAUUGGACUUCUUUCUGUUUGGACAUCAUUGUUAUUAGUAGUAAUGAAUGGAAUUAAAUUUGGAAAAUAUGGCCUUCUUUUCAUCACCGUAUUCACAACAUUUCUGAAAUUUAUAGCCGUGUAUAUAUUCAUUUGGGUAGGCUAUAUUUUAGCCUUUUACAUGAUAUGUAAAGAUAUUAUGGAGCAGUUUUUACCAUUCAAUUUCGUUCCAAAGCUAUUAGCCAUGUUCAUUGGUGAAUACGAUGUGGACGGUACUUUUUUUCCCAAUAACAAUCAGUUGCUGCCAGGCGCGGAAGGCGCAUUGAUUCUCUAUAGUGCAUUUAUCUUUACUAUGUUCAUUGUAAUGACAAAUAUAAUGGGCGGCCUUGCCGUUGCUGACGUGAAAGAAUUCCGGCUCAAUGCAAAACGAGAGCAUUUAAGAUCUCGGAUUGAUGUCAUAUUAGGAUUGCAGGUUUAUCUAGGUGGGUUCUGUGAAACCAUUGGUUCGAUUAUCAUGAAAAUAUGUCGGAAUCCCAAAUGGCGUUAUUUUUUGAAGAUACUUGGUUCGAUAGGACCGAAAUAUCAAUUAGCAAAACUUCAUAUCAUCUCCAAUCCUGUGGACAUUCCUUAUCCAAUAAUCGAGGUUGAACAAAAUGAAAGUUUACAACAUCCGUUGGUACUCUCUAUGAACGAACGAUUGCAGCAGGUGUGUCCGCAAACAGGUUUUUAUAUUCAUCAUCGUACGGUGCGGAAUCCUUCGUUAUUUUAUGGAGAUGAGAAUACGAUAUUACUGAAGAAAAGCGACGAGAAUGCGUAUGUUCAAAAUGGUCAACUAACAAUCGUCGCAUAUAAAGAAGAAUAUCCAUCAGCAAUGCUAUCAAUUGUUGAUCGUAAAGAAUUCACAUUUGGAAAAUUUACAGCCAAUACUCAGUUACCUUACGGGCAAGGAAUAUGGCCUGCAUUUUGGAUGGUAGGAAACGCUUGGUAA